UUUUUGUAGGCCAUAAAUUUUUAUGGACAUCGUAUUCUAAGAAUUCGGAUGAAUUUCUGUCAAUAGUGUGUAUUUAGCGGAUAUUCUUGGACAUGACUCAAUUUCGGCACCAAAACAUUGACUUAAAUAUAUUGUAUACACCAGAUAAAAAGGAGUUGUAUAAAAGAGUAGAAAGAGCAGUGAAUCUCGGAUAUGAUGCCGUUGCAAUAAAUUACUUUGUAGAAAAUAUUAUUCAAGAAAAAAAAUCCAAAAAACCAAAACCAACCGUUGUUAACCCAGAAAAUAUAAAAUUAAACAAAGAUGAUGUUAAAAAGCUUCAAGAAAUUUGUCCUCAUUUUACUCAAUAUACAAGAUGCACAUGGAUUUUAUCGGAUCCUGCUGCUGCUCAUUUCGCACAAACUCAUAAAGAGGUUCAAGCGUACGACAUUCAAGCUGUUCUGCCAACAAACGAAAAGGUUUUACAUAUGGCUUGCAAUCAAUUAGAAGUUGAUAUAAUAUCUUUGGAUUUAACGGAAAGUCUGGGCUUUCACUUCAAACGAACGUCAAUUGGAGUGGCUAUAAGAAGAGGAUUACAUUUUGAAAUAAUAUACACACCAAUGAUAAAUGACCAUUUUAGUAGGGUCAAUAUAAUAUGUAACGCUCAAUCUUUAAUUUCAAUCUGUAAAAAUAAGAAUAUUAUUCUUUCAAGUGCUUGUGAUAAUAUCAUGCUCUUAAGAGCACCUGCUGACGUUUCUAACUUAUGUUGCUUAUUUGAUAUGAAUCAAUCGUAUCGAAAAGCUACAGUAGGUAAAAAUUGUUUGAAUGUCUUAUCAAGAGCUGAAACAAGAAAAACUGCUAAGGGUGUUAUUAUGAUCCAGAAAAUUAGCGAUUUAAAGAAGCAUCAACGCCAUUUAAUACCAGAUUCUAGUUCAGAUUCAGAUGUUGUAGACUUAAAUAGUGAUAAAGAUGAAGAAUCAUCCUCUGAUGAAGAAUUAAUUUGUAAAAAAGCGAAAGCAGAAUAGCUAGUUAUUUUUAAUGUAUAGUUUGUAGAAAUGUUCAAAUUUUAUUCUUGUUUGAAUACAGUUUUGUUGCUAAGUAUAUUAUUUAGUCCAAAUCUUUGAUAGUUUACUGUAGUAUUAGAGGGCAAGUAAGAAAUAUGAAGUGAAACCGACUAUCACAUGAUAAUCACGUGAUAAAUAUGCCAGAAAUUAGUUUGUUUUUGG